UGGCAUGGCCCCCAAAAAAUGGCAGCUAACUUCGUUAGGCGUACGGCGCACCCUUUUGCAUUGCAAUUCAGCCGCGCCCGGGCCAAAUCCACAAAACCCAAAUUCACACAUUUUCUAACCAAUCCUUUUCUUGUUCCACCAGGCAUUUAAUACUCGGGAAUUUCCCUCCAAUCCCACCAUCUUCACGGUUUUCACUUUCAAUUCCCUGUUUGAGUAUUUUCUUCGUGACUUCUCAGCAGUUACAGAUGUGGGUCAAGCUCUUUCAGAUCUGAUUUACACUUUUGCUUUCUAUCGUUUCCAUUGUUUACAUAGCUGCUGGGGAUUGAUAUUUUUUCUGGGUAUUGAUUAAAAUGGAAAAUGCUGGCGUUACUUCUCCAGGAAUGAGAUUAGAUCAUUUAGAAAAAGAAGGAUCUAAGGAAACUCAAGGAGGAAAUUUUGAGCUAGAAUCAUCCCAUGAUGUUAGUGAUCAUAACCACCAAUUCCAUUCGAUGAAUGCGUUAGAGAUCUUAAGAGAAACCGUUAGGAUUUUACGGUACAAUUCCUCCAGUUUUAUGAUCAUUGCAGCUUUGUUAAUUUGCCCUGUAUCUGCGGUCCUUAUGUCUAAUUUGUUAGUUGACCAAUCCAUUGUGAAGAGAUUAACUGUUAGGCUUUUUUUGGUUGCCAAAACCAGUGGAAUCCCAUUGAGACCUUUUAUCAAACAGUCAUGCCAACGUUUCGCUGAGACGGCUGUUUCCUCAGCAAUGUGCUUCCCUUUGUUCAUCACAUUGUCUUUGUUAUCAAAGGCUGCAGUGGUUUAUUGUGUAGAUUGUACUUAUUCAAGGAAAUCAGCUGAUGUUUCCAAGUUUUUUGUGAUAAUCCGAAAGUUUUGGAGGCGGCUUGUUUCUACGUAUGUGUGGAUGGCUAUGGUAAUUGUUGCUUGUGUAACAACUUUCUUUGUUUUUCUUGUUGCGGCAUGUAGUGUACUUUCUGUUAUUGGGUUUACGCCUGAUUUAAUUGUCUAUACGGUGAUAAUGAUGGGGAUAGUAUUCUCGGUUGUUUUUGCGAAUGCUGUUAUUGUCUGCAAUAUUGGGAUUGUAAUCUGUGUGCUGGAGGAAGUUUCAGGACCACAGGCAUUGCUUCGUGCUGGUGUUCUAAUCAAGGGGCAGACUCAGGUUGGUCUUUCAAUAUUUCUUGGAUCUACAAUUGGGUUGGCAUUCGUGGAGGGGUUAUUUGAACACAGGGUAAAGACGUUGAGUUAUGGAGAUGGGUCUUCUAGGAUCUGGGAAGGGCCUCUUUUGGUGAUAAUGUAUUCAUUUGUGGUGCUUGUUGAUUCCAUGAUGAAUACUGUUUUCUAUUUCAGUUGCAGAUCUCUUACCAUGGAAGCCUCAGCUGAUGAUUGUCAAUCAAUGUUGGAAACCAUAGCCUCUGCUGAAUCGCUGGGUGUUCAAUGACAUCAUCAUGUACAUUGUUAUGCUAUCGGCUAAUAUUUAUUCAGUUCAGAACAUGCAGUUGGAGCCGCCCUGAAUAAAUUCAGAUAUGGUUGCUAGUUCCAUUCUUGGAGCACUGAUGAUGAGUAUGUGUUGUUGUUUCGUCAAAACUCCAGCAACAAAGGGUUUUCUGCUCAUGAUAUGCUAACGAUGACUCUAUCAACUCUUCCAAAGAUAUUCAUUGCUCAGGAGGAAGAUCAAGGGAGCUCCACAUUUCAUGAUGACCAGCUUCGUUGCUCAAAGAAGUGUAAGCAGAAGGUUAGAUUGCUGUGCCGGUUUGUCAUUGUCUCCUGAUUCAUGCUGCUUCAGCCUUAAACAGUCAGGCACAUUGAAGAAAUCAUCAAAGCACUUCACCUCUCCAUCACCUGCUUGAUACCCCUGUG